AUGGCACCGCCGAAAACACCUGCCCGCAAGAAGAAUGCCACCAAUGUAUCCACGCCGCAGGCCACGCACGCCCCCAUGGGUAGGCCUCCCCCGAGGGACCAACCCUCUGCCAGAACCCCCCUGAUUGCUAUGCCUACCGAUACCUACGCCAAAGCCCAAGAGGAAGAGCUGGAGGUCUUGAAGGCCAUCUAUAUGGAUGAUUUUGAGGAGGUCGAAGCCAAGGGCGCAUGGCAUAAAACAACGGAUCGUGUAAUACGGCUGAAGUUGAAAUCCUUCUCGAGCGAGGAGACGUCAGUGACCCUCUGUGCAAAACUCACUGCAACGUAUCCCAAGUCCUUGCCCAAUCUUACCCUAGAGGAUACGAACAAGUUGCGCCAGAAAACGAUCCAGAGGCUCAAUGAUGUGCUGAAGACAAGGCCUAAGGAGCUUGUCGGCGAGGUGAUGAUUCAUGAUAUCGCUACCUCCAUACAGGACAUCCUCGAAGACGACAUCGCCCUCCGUGAGAAUGAUGGUGCUUUCGAGAACCUCGAAGCCGAACGCGCAGUGCAGGAAGCUGCUGCUGCCGAGCUCGCAAAGCAGCACGAACAGGAGUUGCAAAAGAAGCGAAACGAGGAGAAGAUUGAGGAGGAACGUGCAUUGCAGCAAAUGGUGGAGGAAGAAGUGCGCCGCAAGGAGGCCAUGGCGAAGCGGAAAAGUAAAGCCGGACACACGCCUACCUCUUACUUUUCGGAGGCUCAAUCUUCGGACCGUAUCUCUUUUGAGAGGGUCGUUACCGUUCAACAAGAUGGUAAAGAUAUCGAAUGCACUGCUGUCGAGGGUGUUUUGCCGUUUCGCAAAGGUCCGGUCACGGAAGAGUUCCUUGUGAAGCCUGUAAGCGCUUCCGACUCCGUCAUCCUGGUCUUGAAACGAGCUCUUGUACAGGCCGAGAACUCCACUUUUCAGGCGCAGCUCAAGAAGGCGAUAACAGAGUUUGAGGAGGAGAUGGAAGAUAUCAAGCGCUUUCGCCAGCCCGCUAUCAUGUUCGUCUUCGAUUUCAAGAUCCAGCAGAUUUCCGACUUUAGCUGGGAGAUUGACAUCCUUACGGAGUACUUCACCAAGGGCUCGCUGGGGGAGAAGCUGGAAGAUGAUGGUCACAUUGUCGUCUCAAAGGCGAGGGCUUGGACUAUCGAACUAUUGGAAGCCCUAGACUUCUACCACCGCAACGGCGUCGUGCACAAGAGGAUUCAUCCUAACAAUGUUAUGUUGCGGAAGACAUCCACAGGAGGCAUGUCGGUCAAACUUGCUGAUGCCGGAUUUCAGGACAGUCUACAUCGUCUUCAGGAUGUGACUCAUGGCAAAUUGUCAUAUUCAACGUCCAGGUCCGCUUUCUGGGUCGCUCCAGAACUUGCGCAUGAUAAUCGAAAGACGAGGAAAACUGACGUUUGGGACUUGGGCGUCGUAUUUCUACAGAUGUUGUUCGGUAUCGAUGCCCCUCAAAAGUACAACUCGCCGAAAGACCUAUCGGAUUCCCUUGGGUGCUCCGAGUCACUACAAGAAAUCAUGCGGAAGUUCUUCAAGCCUGACCCCAAGAAACGAGCUUCCGCUUUCGACCUGAUUCCGUCCGAGUUCUUGCGAGACGACGUCCCCGUCUAUGAACAGCCACUCACCCCUAUGCGUUCCAGGCAUUCCUCAACCUCGCUCGCCGCUGGACGCCAACGUCGUGAAUCGUCAGUAGGCAUCGGAGGAGGCUUUUCCAGAUAUGCAAGCGAUUGGGUCGAGGCAGGCCGGCUUGGGAAGGGUGGGUAUGGUGAGGUUGUGAAAGCUCGAAACAAGCUGGACGGUCGCGUCUAUGCCAUCAAAAAGAUCAGGCAAAAGUCCGCUGCGGCUCUUACUGAGGUCUUGUCCGAAGUCAUGCUUCUGUCACGGCUAAACCACCCUUGCGUUGUGCGUUACUACACGGCAUGGCCUGAGGAAGAAUAUGCUGGUGCCUCCGAAACCGAAGAGGACGCUUCGACUUUCACGGGAGGAGAAUCCGACUCGGAAUCUGACUCAGCGAUAUCGCCCGGGAAUGGAGAUGCCGGUUUCACACGGAGCACGGGAGGGCUCGAUUUUGUGAGCAAUUCCCAUAGAAUCAUGUUCGGCUCCGAUGAUGAAGAGGAAGACGAAGAUGAUGGAGCUGUCGUGUUCGGUUCUGAUACUGAAGAUGAGGACGGAGUAGGUAGCCCAAACUCGCAUUCGCUCCUCGCAAGGAAGCGAACUGAGUCCAGCUCGUAUCCUACACGUUCCACCAGAACAAUACUAUAUAUCCAGAUGGAGUUCUGCGAGAAACAAACAUUACGUGACCUGAUCAGGAGAGACCUUUACGAGGAUUCAGAGGAGUACUGGCGGCUCUUCCGACAAAUGUUGGAGGGUCUUGCACACAUCCACAGUCAUGGGAUAAUCCAUCGAGACCUCAAGCCGGACAACAUUUUCAUCGACGUUGCCAAGAUACCCAAGAUCGGCGACUUUGGGCUGGCGACGAGUGGUCAGUAUCAGCGCGCCGAUAAGAAGAUGCUUGCAGGGAGCCAGGCGGACGGAGACAUGACGCGUAGCAUCGGCACUGCAUUAUACGUCGCGCCUGAACUGCGUUCCAACGUCUCCGGCAACUACACCGAUAAAGUGGACAUGUAUUCUAUGGGCAUCAUCUUCUUCGAGAUGUGCUACCCGCUGAAAACGGCCAUGGAACGCGACCAUGUUCUAAGACAACUUCGAGAGCGCAAACAUACAUUGCCGGCCGAGUUUGAGACACCUGAAAAGGCCCUUCAAGGAAGCAUAAUCACAUCGCUAAUCAAUCAUCGGCCCAGCGAGCGCCCAAGCUGCGCGGAACUGCUUCGUAGCGGAAAGGUCCCUCUGCAAAUCGAAGAUGAAUCUGUCAAGGAAGCUCUAAAGGCUUUGUCGGAUCGCGAUUCUCCUCACUACGCGAAGAUGAUGGCAGCGUUAUUCUCGCAAAAGCCUGAUACCCAAGCGAAGGAUUAUGCGUGGGACAUGGGGAUCGCUCCCGCCGCGCAGGGCAUCAAGGCGAACGAUGUGCUGCUUCAAACCAUGGUCAAGGAACGUCUCACGAGCGUAUUCCGGGGCCACGGCGCGGUGGAAAUGCAGCGGCAGCUACUUAUCCCAUGGUCGAGCCAUUACGCCAACAACAAUGUCGUGAAGCUUUUCGACCCAUCGGGUACGCUCGUGCAGUUACCUUAUGACCUCACGUUGCCAUAUGCGAGGAGCAUUGGACGCGGUGCCACCUUCCUGGAGAAGACAUUCACAAUAGGCUCUGUUUACCGAGACAGUUACACGGGCGGAGCCCCGCGGAGCAAUGGCGAAGCCGACUUUGACAUACUCUCCUAUGACACCUUGGACCUAGCCUUGAAAGAAGCGGAGGUCCUCAAAGUCAUCGACGAGGUCAUUGACGAGUUCCCAUCUCUCGCCUCGACUACGAUGUGUUUCCAUCUAAACCACUCUGAUUUACUAGAAAUCAUAAUGGAGUUCUGCCGGAUCAAUGUCCCACAGCGACCGGUAGUAAAGGAGGUGCUCAGUAAGCUCAAUAUUCAACAAUUCAACUGGCAAAAGAUACGGAAUGAGCUACGUGCGCCGGAGGUGGGAGUUUCAUCCACUUCACUAGACGACCUUGCGCGUUUCGACUGGAGAGACACACCUGAUAAAGCAUUUUCGAAACUGCGGCGGAUAUUCGAAGGCACCAAGUAUCUUGAUAGAACGCACGCCAUCUUCGCUCAUCUCAACUCCGUGGUGUCCUACAUGAAACAUUGGAAUAUAAAGCGGAAGGUGUACAUCAAUGCGUUGAGCAGUUUCAACGAGAAGUUCUACUCUGGUGGCAUACUGUUCCAGUGCGUUUUCGACACCAAGAAGCGGGAGGUUCUCGCUGCAGGAGGGAGGUACGACAAGCUGAUUCAGGAGUACCGGCCGAGGGUCGGAGGUCAAGCGCACCCAACUGGUGGCUAUCAUGGCGUUGGUAUGAACCUUGGUUGGGAUCGCCUUGUGAAUUCAAUGGCCCGAUUCCUAAAGAAACCGGAGAAGACGGCACCAACCGCUUUCCUGAAGAAGCAUGCGGAAGAGGAGAAUCCCGCUCUAUCGUGGGUACCUCGUCGAUGUGACUGCCUCGUUGCGAGCUUUGACGCUUCACUUCUCAGGUCGACUGGCGUUCGAAUGGUGGCGGAUCUUAUUGAACAUGGAUACACUGCAGAGUUGGCUGUCCAGGCACAUACCAUCGAAGACCUUAUGAGACACUACAGAGACGAUAGGCAUAGCUGGCUCAUCAUCAUCAGGCACGGUGUCGCCUCUGAUAAACCGGACUUGAAGGUCAGAAGCAUCGUCAAGAAGGAGGACACGGACCUUCGCUCUAGCGACUUGUUCAACUACCUCCGCAACGAGCUUCGGGACAGGGAAGCAAGGGAAGGAAGCGCUGUCCAACGACACAGCCGCGCUACACCAGCCUCCAGCUCGUCGCCGGUCGGCACCAAAGCCAACGUCGAUGUUCUCAUGUCGCAUCACCGCUCCAAGAAGACCAGCAAAUGGAGCAUCGUCGAAGCCGCGCAGACUCGCUCCGCCGAGCUGUUGUCCUCGUUCCAAGGCGCCCCGAUUGCGGCCAUCGAGACGAAAGAUGAGACGAUGAAUCUAAUCAGAGAGACGCGAUUGAGCGACCCCGAUGGGUGGCGACGGGCGAUUCAGAGUGUGCCCAUGAAUGAGCGGCAGUACCUACACGAGUUGCACGAUCUUCUAUCCAAGUACGCUGCCCGGUGGCGGGAGGCGCUGAAUGACGGGACGGCGCGGAGCGGGGAGGGGGGGAAGGCGUUUGUGUAUAAUUUCAGGACGGGGGGAUGCUUGCUGUAUGAUUUGGAGAAUUGA